AUGGGACGCACCAGACGAGCCCAAAUGACCCCCUCCACUCCAAGAAGGCAAGGGAACAACCCGCACCCCUCGAUAAGAAGUUACCUGCACACUCCAGGUGACCUCCUCUCACAGGAUGAGGCCUCCAAUAUGGCGCCCUCCUCACCAGGCUCCAUGAUGUCGGAAGACGGCCCCAGCAUAGGAAGCAGUAUGCCGUCCCCACCAGCACCGGACUGGUAUGCUCUUUUUACAUCCUUACCAAAAAAGGAGGACUUUCAAUCCCUCCUAGAGGAAGUUAAGACCAAGCUGCGCAUGGAGAUCUCGACCCUCGGCACCUCCCUUACAGCACUAGAGGCGAGGGUGGAAUCCCAGGGCCCCGACCUGCACUGUCUUGCGGUCAUGACCACUAAAACACAAGUUAAGCAGAUACAGGACCUGCACCUCCACGUCGAGUACCUGGACAACCGCAGCCACAACAUAAGGGUAAGGGGCUGCAGGGAAUCAGAUAACCCAGAUGAUACUAGGGCCGGCCUAGGGAAGCCCGCAUCCCUAUAG